UAAAUAUAGAUUACUCUUAUGAUAUACUUACUCCAUAUACUAAAUAAAGCUAUUUACUACCGAUUUAAUCAUGUCAGGGAAAAGUAAGAAAAAAGUUGACACACAUUUUUUGGUAAGGGAAUCCAGGUCAUCCUUACCAAAAGACAAGUUUGCUACAAAGCAAGAGGUUUUGCAAUACUUCUUGCAUUUGAAGUAGAAGUACCCAAAACAAAAAGAAAGUAGAAUUAUCCACUGUCCAUUGACAAAAAACUUUGAAAUCAGCUGCCAUAAUGAAAAACAUAUUUGCUGCACUCUUUCAAAGUUAAUUACACCUUGGUUGAAGGGUGGAUUUCAGAUUUUACAAUUACAGACAAUUAGGUAGGUACCAGACUGUAUAUGUUUUUUUAUUUAUAUAUUAUUACUUAUUAGCGGAAAAUAUUAAUAUAACUAAUGUCUGCUGUUAAAUAAGUUAAUUAACAGAAAUAGGUGUGUUGUAAAAUAUACCGAACCUAUAAAUCACAUUUUUUAGUAUAAAGAUAGAGAAGCUGAUCCAAACCUGGAAACUGUUAAAAAAAAACAAAGCAAGACAAACUUUAUCAGAGAUUGAAAAAAGGAUGAGGUUUUUAACUCAGAUGAAAAGUAUCUUUUGGAUUGCACCUGAGCUUGAUACUCUGGUUGCAAUCAUUAAAGCUGAUAGGAAACGAAAGGAUCAAGACAAGACUGAAGAUAUUGCAUUUUUAUUAGACCAAUUAGGAGAUAGAAAAACUAGAAUAGGUGGAAUCGAUACAAGGUACCUUUACUCUGUAAACAGGAGUUUAUCCAAAAUUAAAAGGAAAUCAAAUUUGCAUGAAACCAUGUCAGAGAGUGAAUUCAGCUCAAAUGGAUCGGAGAAAGAUGAAGGUAAUGAUGAUUUUUCAUACCCAGAUCCAGAGUUAAAGAAAAAAGUCAAAAAAACUAAUACUGUUAUGCUUCCAAAAGAUAUUCUCAAGAGAACUGCUGAUACUGCUGUUGGGGAAGGAAUAAGUCAUAGGCAGCAUGCUUCCAUGAUUAAUAGUAUAAUCGCGAAAUCGGGUGGAAAUGUAGCUGAAUUUAAAUCUUCAACCUCUACAGCAUUACGCGCUGCAGAUAAGGUCAUUCAUGAUGAAUCAAAGAGGAUCAAGGAUGAUUUAAGAAGUUUAAGAAAAAUCAAUAAGAACAUUUUAGUUCAACUCCAUUUUGAUGGAAAAGUAUGUCAUGAAUAUACUGAUGGGAAAAAAUUGGAACAAGAUCGAUUAGCAAUAUUAAUAAACGCUAACAAAGAAACGCACCUGUUGGGAAUUCCACCCAUUUCUUCUGGAACUGGCAAAAAUCAAAAAAAUGCAAUCAGAGAUAUCUUAAAUAGCUUUAACCUUACAGACAAUAUACAAGCUGUAACAUUUGAUACUAGCAGAAUCAACGCUGGAAAAAAAAUGGAGCUGUAUCUUUACUGGUAAAUGAAGUCUUUCAACGACCAGUUCUAUCUAUUGCAUGCCGACAUCAUGUCAAUGAGCUACACAUAACACAUUUCUGGAAAAAUUAUCAAAGUAGCAUUACUUCUGGACCAGAUAAUCUGCUUUUUAAAACUUUAAAAUCAGCAUGGAAUGAUCUUGACGCAGACAACCAGGUUUUGAGAAGAUUGACUAUUCCAGAGGAAACAUGGCUUGGUCAUCAAAAGCAUGAAAGCAUAACGUUCUGCAGAAAUAUUAUCGCCAGUGGGUCUCUAAAAAAGGAUGGGGCUACAAGGAAGGACUACAUUGAGCUGGCAGAGCUUACACUUAUGGUGCUUUCUGAAGACAGGUAUAAAUUUCGUACUCCCGGAGCAGUCCACCAUGCCCGUUUUAUGGCAAAAGGUAAGGAAUUGUAGGUUCAUGAUAAAAAAAGGUUCAAGUUGCAAAAAAAAGGAAUUUGUUUUACAUUAUCAAGUAUUAUUCUUUUUAAAAAAUUAAAAAAAAAAGACUU